GGACUCUCAGCUGGCACAAGAACUUCUAAUGAAGAUUUUUUUGACUAUCUAACCAACAAUAGUCGAGUUUUCUGAUAUUGAAGCUGUCUGGAUCCAACAUGUAGCAGAUAAAUACUAUGCUACUUCUAUACCACACUUUUGUCUUUUAAACCUCCUUGUAUAACAACAGUGAAUGAAUCAUCUUAAUUCCUUUUUUGGAUUUUGUUAACUAAAAUUCAAGUUGGAUUUCAAGUGGUAUUAAUUAAACUGAGGAACAAUGAGUAGUAGUCUUGGAAAAGAAAAAGAUUGUAAGGAGAAAGAUCCCAAAGUGUCUUCAGCAAAAGAAAGGGAGAAAGAGGCCAAGGCCUCUGGUGGAUUUGGGAAAGAAAGUAAAGACAGAGAAUCUAAGACCAAAGGGAAGGAAGCCAAAGAUGGGAAGAAGGACUCUAGUAGUGCACAGCCAGGUGUGGCUUUUUCAGUAGACAACACAAUAAAACGGCCCAACCCAGCUCCAGGUGCCCGUAAAAAAUCCAGUAAUGCUGAGGUGAUCAAAGAGCUAAACAAAUGUCGGGAAGAAAAUUCAGUACGUUUGGACUUGGCUAAGAGGUCUAUACAUCUGCUCCCAUCAUCUAUCAAAGAGUUAACCCAGUUGACGGAACUUUAUUUAUAUGGAAAUAAGUUACAGUCACUACCUGCUGAGGUAGGCUGUCUUGUGAAUCUGGAAACUUUGGCCUUAAGUGAGAACUCACUCACCAGCCUUCCGGACACUCUUGGUAACUUGAAACAGCUUCGUAUGGUUGAUCUACGGCAUAACAAAUUGAGAGAGAUUCCUCCUGUGGUGUAUAGGCUAACUUCCCUUACUACACUUUAUCUGCGCUUUAAUCGUAUCACUUCAGUGGAAAAGGAUAUCAAGAACUUGUCCAAUCUCACCAUGCUAAGCAUACGGGAGAACAAAAUCAAACAACUCCCUGCAGAAAUUGGUGAGCUGUGUAACCUCAUAACGCUGGAUGUAGCCCACAAUCAGCUUGAACAUCUUCCAAAGGAGAUUGGCAAUUGCACACAGAUCACCAAACUUGAUCUACAGCACAAUGAACUUUUGGACCUUCCAGACACUAUAGGAAAUCUAUCUACUUUGAAAAGCCUUGGUCUGAGAUAUAACCGUCUCUCAGCAAUACCCAGGACUCUAGCACAGUGCAGUAAACUUGAUGAAUUAAAUUUGGAAAAUAACAUUAUUUCUACUUUGCCAGAGGGUCUCUUAUCCAGUCUUGUGAAUCUGACUAGUCUAACUCUGGCAAGGAACUGUUUUCAAUCUUACCCUGUGGGUGGCCCUUCACAGUUCUCUACUAUCUACGCUCUCAAUAUGGAACAUAACCGCAUUAACAAAAUUCCUUUUGGAAUUUUUUCUAGAGCAAAAGUAUUAAGUAAGCUGAACAUGAAGGACAAUCAGCUGACAUCACUUCCCCUGGAUUUUGGGACAUGGACCAGUAUGGUGGAACUCAAUUUAGCUACAAAUCAGCUCAACAAAAUUCCCGAGGAUGUAUCUGGACUUGUUUCUCUUGAGGUUCUUGUUUUGUCAAAUAAUCUUCUAAGAAACCUCCCACAUGGCAUUGGAAAUUUGAGGAAACUGAGAGAAUUGGAUCUAGAGGAAAAUAAGCUGGAAUUGUUGCCAAAUGAAAUAGCAUACCUUAGGGAGCUACAGAGGCUGAUCCUAACAAAUAAUCAAUUGAGCACUCUUCCUAGAGGAAUUGGUCACCUUAUCAAUCUGACACAUCUUGGGCUGGGAGAAAACUUUCUUACACAACUUCCUGAAGAAAUUGGUACACUGGAAAAUCUGGAAGAACUGUAUCUAAAUGAUAAUCCACAUCUAAACAGCCUUCCUUUUGAACUGGCUCUUUGCAGCAAAUUAUCUAUAAUGAGCAUUGAGAACUGUCCGCUCAGUACCCUUCCAGCUCAGAUUGUUGCAGGUGGACCUUCCUUUAUCAUCCAGUUUCUCAAAAUGCAAGGACCAUAUCGAGCCAUGGUCUGACUGAUAACUUCCCCGAUGAUGUACAAAAUAUAAAUGGCUUUUGUGGUGUCAUUAUGUAUAUAGUAUCUAGGCUACAUGGUGCCCAGUGUGGAUAAAAAAUGGAUUGUCCCAUACACUCUACUAAAUGCAAACUGCGCUGUUAGUAUUGUGUAUGUGUGUAUAUAUAAUAUAAUAUAUAGAUUGUAUAUUAUAUUAUAAAACAUAAAUAAUAUAAAACAGGCAAAUUUCAGUCCAUACGUAUGUGUUCCUGCUCAUAGAGGAAACAUAGCCAUUUAGAUUUUUUUCAUUAUAAAUGCUUGUUAAAGUUUUCUUUAGUGAAUUUGAUGGUUAUCUGGAUAAUUUGGGGUACCAGUUCACUGAAAAUAAUGUCAAUUAACUGCUGAUCAAUUUAAGGGAAAAUAUUUUUAAACCAAGCCUUUUCCUGUUGGAUAAAAAGCAACUUAGUCACACAAAUUAUUUUGUCAUUCCUUGUGGAUCACAUUUUGUGACAAAAAAAAUAUUGGAAUUAUUUGUAUUUUCCUUUAUUCUGGAAAGUCCUUUAACUUAUUUUAAGUUUUAAAACAAAUGGUCUUGUAUGUUUACAGUCAGGGUAUGUCACUGGAUUGGGGUGGGAUGGGAUUUACUCUGUUUUAUUGAAUCUACAAGUUGUAUUCUUCUGCUGAGGGCUUUUUAUUGACUGAUUCGUAUUAUUGCAAAAAUAUAAGCAAUUAGUUAGUGAAAAAAAAUAAGUCCAACAGAAGCUUGAGUUCCUUUGAAUUCAUCAGUUAUAAACAUAUCAUACUGAAGAAGCAAUUAUUUUAUGGUUGUCUCAUUUAGCAUAAGCAACAUUUUUCACUUAAAGAAGUGACAAGUUUGUAAAAAAAAUAUCAUGUUCUGUUAAGAUUUAGUAUUGCGUCAAUGAUGGAUCUGAAACGCAACAAAUAAUUGUAAGGGUUUUUCCUGGUCUUUGUGCAAUUAAUGAAUGUGUCUUUUUUUGAAACCCUGCAGUAUACGUAAAAUUUAUGGUUGGUUGACAAUGUUACUCUGGUUUUAUAUCUUGCCUUGCCUUGUACAUCCUCCCAUUAUUCUGGAGUGUCUGCGUCAAAGCACAAUAUCUUCAUGCUGUGCUGUUUUGCUGCUGAACUAAAUGCACUUUUCCCUGUAAAGAUGGGACACUUGCUUCAAAAUAAUCAGUUCAGUACCAUGAUUUAUUCUUUUAACCUCAUCCUAUCAAUCUCAGUAUUAAAGACUGGUGUUUGGAAAAAAAGGACACUUUUUCAUUUGUAUUUAGAAUGUGAUUGCUCAGUAGAAAACCAUUAAGUGAUUGAAUAGAAAACAUGCGGUUUAUUUCAGGGCUGUACAAAGGGCUAAUGAUGUUGCAGUGAUUUUUGCUCCUGCACUUGAUUGCUACUGCCAUUUCGAAUUGGAUGCUCACAUAGCAAUUACAUUUGAGAUAAAUUUAUUUUCAGUGUCAAUUGAUUAUGAUGGGUUUGCUUAAGGGAUACUAGAAUUAAAAAGGGGAUGUUCUUUAAAUUAUACAUCAUAGAUGUCAUAGAAUUUUUUCAUCUAUGGAAAAAGGUUUUGUAUUUUUUAUUUUGCUAUUAAUGUCUAUUUGAUAGGCACAAUCCCGAGAUCAUUAGAUAUACUUACUUAUCCUUUUGAAAUCAACACAAUUCACCGAAGGUUUCACUCAUAAACACCUAUAAGCUUUGAGUAAAUAUUUCUCAAGAUUGUUUUGUAAGAGCCAUUGAUUUUAGUGGUUGUGGAUGUUUCUUUAGAUUGAGUAGGCAUAACUUAUACCUUCAUCUGUAACAUUAAUUUUAGCA